AUGGGGCAGCAAUCGCUGAUCUACAGCUUCGUCGCGCGGGGGACGGUGGUCCUGGCGGAGUUCACAGAGUUCACCGGCAACUUCACCAGCAUAGCCGCUCAGUGCCUCCAGAAACUUCCCGCUUCCAACAACAAGUUCACUUACAACUGCGACGGCCACACCUUCAACUAUCUUGUCGACACCGGCUUCACUUAUUGUGUGGUCGCUGUGGAGUCUGUUGGACGACAGGUUCCAAUUGCUUUCCUUGAGCGGAUCAAAGAGGACUUCAGUAAGAGAUAUGGCGGAGGAAAGGCCGCAACAUCAGUUGCCCAGAGCCUGAACAAAGAAUAUGGGCCCAAGUUGAAGGAGCAGAUGCAAUACUGUGUGGAUCACCCUGAAGAGGUCAGCAAACUUGCUAAGGUGAAAGCUCAGGUUUCUGAAGUUAAAGGAGUUAUGAUGGACAAUAUAGAAAAGGUACUUGACCGUGGGGAGAAAAUUGAGCUUCUCGUUGACAAAACCGAAAACCUUAGAUCUCAGGCACAAGAUUUCAGGCAGCAAGGGACGACGAUGAGGAGGAAGAUGUGGUUACAGAACAUGAAGAUUAAGCUGAUAGUGCUGGGGAUCAUAAUCGCAUUGAUUCUCAUCAUAGUAUUAUCUGUUUGCGGGGGUUUCAAAUGUCAUUAG